CACUGGUUCCAUCCCCUACUCCAUCACAAAACUUCAGAACCUCGAAAUACUCCGUAUAUCGGACACCAGCCUCUCGGGUCCUAUCCCUGAAUUUCUAAGCCAACUCAAAUGUCUCUGGAGUCUCUAUUUGACCUACAACCAGCUUUCUGGUCCAAUCCCGGCCUCUUUGGCAAGCCUUAACAAGCUGCAAAUACUAAUGCUAUAUUCGAACAAACUCACCGGAACCAUACCCGAUUCAUUUGGGAGUUUCAAAGACGGCGAAUACGGCGGUUUCACUCUCGAUCUAUCUCACAACCAGCUCUCCGGUGGAAUCCCAACAUCGAUUAACGUCUCAAGCAUCGACCUGUCGCAUAACAAACUCAGUGGGGACGCAUCAAUGUUGCUGAGGGAGAAUGGAGCAGCGGAAUGGAUCUACUUAUCUCACAACCAACUCGACUUUGAUCUGACGAAGGUGAAGUUUCCAAAGAAGAUAAAAGUUUUAGAUUUGUCCCACAACCAGAUUCACGGCAACAUUCCGAAGCAGUUAAUUAAUAAGUUGGAUUUGGAAAGCAUGGAUUUGAGUUAUAAUCAGCUGUGCGGAAAGAUUCUGUUCGGUGGGAAUGUGCAGAAGAUGGGUGCCAAAUCCUUUGCCCAUAAUCGCUGUUUGUGCGGCCACCACUCCCGAACAAGUGCAAAUAAACCAGUCUGCAUGCAGUGAAAGAAGACACCUUGCAUCACUGCCUGAGAAUUUUGAUUUCAACAAGAAUAAUUUCUUGUAAUAAGGAAUUUGCUGGAACAUG